CGUUUAUUGGAAUCGAUAUAUCCUUCUCUGUGCAGCUGUCACGCGUUUUUUAUGCCUAUGUUACUAUGUACAUCGAUCAUCCCUGCAACCGCUCCGCUCCGCUCAUUCAAGAUCACUCUGCAUUAGCUCCUUCCUCGCUCGUGCAGAACGCUAAUGGCUUCUUCCGCCUUCGGGUUUACUUCUCUGCUUGUCGUCCUCCUCCUCCUACCUCAAGCUUUCUCAUCGAGCGCUGCCGCUUCCAGCGAGAAUGAUAUCUCUGAUUCUGCGGCGGCGAGUUCGCCGCCGUUCGUCCCCUCCGCCUCCUUCCGGUCCACUUUGCAGUCCACCCUCAUUCAGAUCAAGCGCGUGGCGUCGCUAAUUUCUAGAAUUCCAAGCGCCUUCGGCGACCGACGCCUCUCCGCCGCCAUCACCGACUGCCUCGAGCUCCUCGACCUCUCCUCCGACGAGCUCUCCUGGACCCUCUCCUCCUCCACUUCUAGCCCCUCGUCCGUCCCCGGCGGUGGCAUCGGCGACCGCCGAUUCGACCUUCGCUCCUGGAUGAGCGCCGCCCUCGGCAACCAGGAUACCUGCAAGGAGGGCCUCAGCGGCAAGUUCCACGCCUCAGUCAUCGACGACGGUCUGGAUACCAUCACCUCCCUCAUCUCCAACUCCCUCAGAGAAGUCGCCGGCGCCUCAGGUGGCGCCGGCAGCAGGAGACUAAUGGGGUUCCCGGAGUGGGUGUCUCCGGCCGACCGGAGGUUACUCCAGGUUUCCUCCCAACCGAAGUCGGCGGACGCCGUGGUGGCGCAGGACGGCACUGGGAAUUACGAUACGGUUUCGGACGCUGUGGCAGCUGCGCCGGACCAUAGCGCGCGGCGAUACGUGAUAUACGUGAAGAAGGGAGCGUACAAGGAGAACGUCGAGAUUAACAAAAAGAAGUGGAACUUAAUGAUCAUCGGCGACGGCGUCGGCCAAACUGUCAUCUCCGGCGACCGCAGCUACAUCGGCGGCUGGACCACAUAUCGCAGCGCAACCUUCGCGGUGAUGGGCAGCGGGUUCAUCGCGCGCGACCUGACGAUUGAGAACACGGCGGGGCCGGAAAAUCACCAGGCGGUGGCGCUCCGCUCCAACUCCGACCUCUCCGUCUACUACCGCUGCGAGUUUACCGGGUAUCAGGACACGGUCUACGCGCACUCCCUCCGCCAGUUCUACCGCGACUGCCGCAUCUCCGGCACCAUCGACUUCGUGUUCGGCGACGCCGCCGCCGUGUUCCAGAACUGCGAGCUCUCCGCGCGGCUGCCGCUGCCGAACCAGAAGAAUGCCUUCACCGCGCAGGGGCGGAGGGACCCCAACCAGAACACCGGCUUCUCCUUCCAGUUCUGCAACGUCACCGGCGAGGCCGACCUCACCAACGCCACGCCGACGUACUUGGGGCGGCCGUGGAAAGAAUACUCGCGGGUGGUGUUCAUGCAGUCCUAUCUCGGACCGAUAAUCCGGCCCGAGGGCUGGCUCGAGUGGGACCAGAACUUCGCGCUGGACACACUUUACUACGCGGAGUACAUGAACUAUGGGCCGGGUUCGGUUCUGGAUAACAGAGUCAAAUGGGCCGGGUACCACGUGCUGUCCGACUCAGCCAUGGCGGCCAAUUUCACUGUGGCUCAGUUCAUAGAUGGUGACUUGUGGUUGCCGGCCACCGGAGUUAAGUACACGGCGGGCUUGUCGGCGUAAUUAUCCGAAUUAAUGAUAAUUUGAGUUAAAACUUUUCAAUUAAUGGUUUAGAUAUUCCAAAGUUUCUAAUGGAAUUCGGAAAUCUUACUGAUCAA